AUUGGCGCCCAACUAGUUUUUGGCACUCAUCAGGAGAUAGUGCAGAAGAAUUAUGUGACACUAGAAGUGGGAACACACUGAAUUACGCGUACGGAGCCGACGGUCGACGAAGGAAGGAGAUUAAUAAAUAAAAACACAGAACCCCAACCAACACCAGAGAAAAUUAAACCGACAACGCAGACCGAUAGCCGAGACGGGAAGUAUAGCAGUGACAACGCUUGACACCAACACCAGGAACAACCCAACGCCAAGCCAGGAGCAGCAGGAGAAAUUUGGGACAGGACAACUCGCCAACAGCGGUACCGGAGACAACUCAGCGCCAAACCUGAAAAAUAAAAUCAUCAUUAGCAGAGACAACAAACGAGAUCCGGGACGACAGGAUGAAUAUCGGACUACUGACAAUCGUCAUGGGACUCGCGCUCGCAGGGACCCCGGAAACUCCAGGCGUGGAAAUCACACGAUUAGAGGGAGGAAACGGAAUCCUAACCACUAACUAUGCGAACCUGCGAAUCUAUCACACGGUGUGGAAUAUGAUUACACAUAUCGACAUAACAAAAUUCCUAGAGGAAAAACAAAUCCUCACACGACACUGGUUGGGAAUGAAAGGGAUCUGUACCCAACUACGAGGCAAUUGUAAUUUUGAAGACCAAUUAGACCAGGUAAUUAAUCGGCUCGAUAUAUUAGACGGUGCUCAUCGACACAUGAGAGAAUUGUUAGCAGAAACACCGGAGAGAUCGAAACGAGCGGUCCUCGGAUUUGUCGGGAAAAUAAGCAAGAUUCUUUUCGGGACAAUGGACGAAGAUGACGCGGACUAUUACGACCAAUACAUAGAAUCCCUACAGAUCACAACUAGGGAAACCCUAGCCCAUCUGGCGAAUCAAACGCACAUUAUUCGAUCCGAAUUCGAAUCAAUCCACCAAACUAUUCAAGGUCUAACUAAAGAAAUUAAGACCUUGAACGCGACAGUCUACGUAGCCAUCGGAAACAUCCUCGAACGUAUCGAUACUAUAGGGAUUAAUGGGAAAAUGGCGAGCCUUAUAUCAGCUUUCGAUGCGGAACUGAGCGAAUAUGAGCUCGACACCCAAAUGCUGAUUAACACCAUCCUAUUCGCGAAAAGAGGACAAUUGCACCCGUCAAUUAUGUCGCCAGAAAAUAUCCUGGACGCUGCUAACGAAGUAAUUCAACAUAAUCGGGGGGCGGAGUUUCCGGUCCCCCUAGAAAUCCCAUAUAUCACCGAAUUACUAAAACUCGCGGAUCUGACGGCCUAUUUUCAUAAGGAAAAGGUCGUAUUCGUCAUCACGAUACCAAUACUUGAGUUAACAAAAUAUACCGUGUAUCGACACCUGACGUUGCCGACAAAAAUUAAUCAUACCUCAACAUCUCUAGUGGCCUUUAUAACACCAAGUUAUCCCUACACCGCUAUUUCGGAGGAAGCCAACACGUAUCUCAAGCUUGACAGUGAAUACAUCAACCACUGUAAAACGGCAAUGAUCGGCCUUAUAUGCAAGACCGCACGACCCUUAUACGAGGUCAAUGGGAACAAGGAUUGUGAGGUACAAAUGAUCUCCAAUCCCCGUUUCUCGAGCUCCGAAAUAUGCGAUGUACGGGUAAAAUCAAUGGACCGAACAUAUUGGGCCCGAAUAGGAAAUUCCAACACAUGGGUUUUUUCCGUCGUCACGGAAGACGAAAUACGAAUAAAAUGUACAAGACGCGAACCCACCUCGAUCAUCAUUACGGGAACCGGAACAGUCACCCUAGCGCCGGACUGCGAGAUUCGAUCGCGAUCCGUCACCCUCACCCCAUUCCAAGAACUGACGUCGAAGUUCGACCUAAAAUUCGUGGACCGAGCCAUCUUCGACAUCCCGACCCUACUAAACAAGACAAUACGCGGACUCGGACCGAACAAUUUGACGGAAAUCUUAGGCGAAAUAGGCCUACUACAAACGGUACAGGUUGGACAGAACGACGAGGACAGCGUCACAAGGGACAGUCUCGGGCUGCAAGUCAUUAUCGAUAAAGCCCGAGCGCUGUCCAGACAAGGGGACACAAACAGAAGACUGAGGAGGGUUGAACACGGGUUAGGAUACACGGGGAUUUCGCUAGGAAUUCUUGGGGUGAUUGCCGCGGCAUGUUGGAAAUUCUCCCUAUGGUCGAAGGUCGCGACGCUAUGUGGGGGAGUUAGGUUUUGUUCAGGUACUCGAAACAGGGAGAACGAGCCCCACCAACCGAGAACCAGGACCCCAUCGCCGCAGGCGCCACCACGACGAUCACGCGCGAGAAAAACAAACCAAGAAGUACACCUUCCGAUGAAGACGCUCGCUCGAGGAGUACGACCGGGGCCUACAGCCACCAUCACGGAGAUUGUGGAGCUGGACGAACACUUGGAGCCUGUCGAAUCAAGUCGCCCAGUCGAGACAGCCGCCCCCCUCACCACUCAGCUUGCGCUGAUUCCCCAAAAUCGAGUCACGCACACCCAACAAUGUCAGGCCCUUCCGAUGAUCAGCGGGCCGCCGGAACGAACAGGAGCCCAGGGUUGGCAGAUCGUCAGCCCAUACUGGAACGGGGAGACGUCUUACUCCAGACCACCCCUCCAACACGACCUGGGAGGAUGGUAACCAGCAGAACCAACCCCGAAAGUCAACGACCUCGCUAACUUGUCCUUACGUUUAUCCGAAAGGAGUUAAAUACUGUUCUUAAUAAGGAUUUUAGCAAUAAGAAAAACUGUAAGGGUCCGGUCGAUAGGGACUGUUUUAAAUUUGCUCAUAUAGCAGGGAUUUUGGCCCUUAUGGCAGGGAAGUUGAUAGCCCUUUUGGCAUAAGCCGAGGCCCUUAAAGCACAGACUAUAUUAAAAUUCGUUUCUCUUAGUUUAGUACUAUUGCCACCUGAUUGUGAACCAGGGUAGCAAUAGUUUUAUCAGGGGAGUGUGACGUAUUGGCCUCCGCCAAUGCGUCGUUUUUUUGAAAAUCGAUGCCCAGACAUUGGUCAGCAGUCCCACGAUGUCUUGGAGACGCUGUGGUCAGCUGCCCCAGUGUUUGGAGGAUCGGUUUACUCCCUGCAACGCCAUUUGGACAAGGGACUGAACAAUCCAACGGAUGUUUAGACCAUUGUCAGCACCCAAAUGACGCCACAGCAGGGAUCAAAUAAAGCAGUUUCAGGGCUUUUGGCACGUCCAGUAUACUGUAUGACUGUAUGAGUCUUGCGUCAAUGAUGACACAAGACAAUAUUGGUGCAAGGAGCCGUGGAACUGCUUAGAUCAGCGAUUUGGACUUGGAGGAGAUUUAGAGACUCGCGGAGAGCACAGAUACCUUCCAGCAGCAGACCAGACAGGGUCUUCCACUGCUCGUAACCGCGCUCCAAGUCCAACUCAUAAACACCUAAUAACGCGAUACCGACUCACUCGCGCAAGGAGUGUAUACCAUUAAGGUCAAAUAUAUAUAUAUACAUUUAAUACAUUCCGCGAGUGAGAUUAUUAAGUGUUGUUCCCAACCCGUCACCAAGACACCCCUCCUAGAAGAGUGAACCCGAAGGGCUCACCGAGAUCUAGCCGGACGGGGCACGACGGCCCAGCAGAAGGGGA